AGUGCUGGUGCCCACGGCCCAGCCUGGGACGCUGCAGCCCCCCAUGGUGCUGCUGGACUUCCCUCCCCUUGCCUGCUUCCUCAACGGCCUCCUCGUUGCCUUCAACGACCUGCGGCUCUGCUGCCCCAUCGCCCUGGCACAGGAUGUCACUGCCUGCCUGGACAGUGCCCUUGGGGAGGUGACCAAAACCAUCCUGGCCUUCCACCGUGCGGAGGAGGCGGCUUUCAGUGGGCGGGAGCAGGAGCUCUUUGCCCAGUUCUGCACGGCCUUCCUGGAGGACCUGCUGCCUUACCUGAACCGCUGCCUCCAAGUGCUUUUCCCUCCAUCACAGAUCGCACAGGCACUGGGCAUCCCCCCCACCCAGCUGCAGCGUUUCGGCCGCCUGGGCCGUAUCGACGUGGCCGCACUCAGGGAGCCGCUGGCUUUCCUGCUUCCACCGGCAUACCCGGCGGCGCUGCGCCGCGCACACCGCAUCGAGCCCUUCCCGCUCCGCCUGCUCGUCAACCCCGCGCUCCGUGUCCUCGACACCCGCCUCGUCACCGCCCCCGAGGGCUGCGCCAGCAUCCACGGCUUCUCCGCCUACGUCCCGCGGCACUGGGCCGUCCACGUCUCCGGUGUGGACGAGCUCGGGGUGCCGGUGAGCUGGGAGGCCAUGGGCUGGGCUGCCCGCAUCAUACAGCACGAGAUGGACCACCUGGACGGGAUCCUCUACAUUGACCGCAUGGACCCCCGCACCUUCACCAACGUGGGCUGGAUGGAACUCAUGGACUGACCCUACUGUGCCCACCCCCAGCUGCCCCCUGUGUGCCCGAGGCCCCUCUGUGCAGUGGGCCCUCUCUAACCCUGGAGAAAGAAACAGCACGGAGCCACAGACCAGGGGCUCCCACUCAGGUUUAUUGCAGCCAAUACAGACCUGUGGCCUCA